AUGGAGGCUAACAUGCCGAAGCGGAAAGAGCCUGGCAAGUCCCUCCGCAUCAAAGUCAUCUCCAUGGGCAACGCCGAAGUAGGAAAAAGCUGUAUUAUAAAGCGAUACUGUGAGAAAAGAUUUGUCUCUAAAUACCUGGCAACAAUUGGAAUUGACUAUGGAGUCACAAAGGUACAAGUCAGAGACAGAGAAGUCAAAGUUAACAUCUUUGAUAUGGCUGGACAUCCUUUCUUCUACGAGGUUCGCAAUGAGUUUUACAAGGACACUCAAGGUGUGAUCCUGGUUUACGAUGUUGGGCAGAAAGACUCCUUUGACGCCCUUGAUGCCUGGCUGGCAGAAAUGAAGCAGGAACUUGGACCUCAUGGAAAUAUGGAAAAUGUCGUAUUUGUAGUUUGUGCUAACAAGAUUGAUUGUACCAAGCACCGCUGUGUAGACGAAAGUGAAGGGCGUCUUUGGGCUGAAAGCAAAGGAUUCCUGUACUUUGAAACUUCUGCACAAACUGGAGAAGGAAUUAAUGAGAUGUUCCAGACCUUCUAUGUCUCCAUAGUAGAUUUAUGUGAAAAUGGCGGGAAACGUCCUAUCACAAAUAACAGUGCUAGUUUCACCAAAGAACAAGCAGACACCAUUCGCAGGAUUCGCAAUAGCAAAGAUAGUUGGGACAUGUUGGGAGUCAAACCUGGAGCCUCACGGGACGAAGUCAAUAAAGCGUACCGGAAGCUCGCUGUGCUUCUUCACCCAGACAAAUGUGUUGCCCCUGGCAGUGAAGAUGCUUUCAAAGCAGUCGUGAAUGCCCGGACAGCACUCCUGAAGAACAUCAAGUAG